CGUUUCAUGUGGGUGUCUUCCGGGCGAUAGUGAGCAAACUCAUUUGCUUUUUGCCAAUGGCAGAGGAUAGCAGGACAGUGAGGGUGAGCGGCCUGCCCACAGACAUCGACCAAGAGCGGCUGAUAGACAAACUAUCAGUCCACUUCCUGCGGUCCAGCAAUGGAGGAGGGGAAAUAGACACUGUCGCCAUUAGCGAGAAGAAGCCCGACUGCGCCCUGAUCCACUUUGAAGACAGCACAGUGGCACAGAGAGUCAUUCAACACGGCCAACACACACUGAAAGUGGAUGGGAAGGAGUACAAGCUCUCUGUCAGCAAGUAUCGACCCAGGCUGCAUCCUGACAAGGUCAUUUUAAGCAUUACAGCAACUGUGGACUACAGCCAGAUUCCUGAGGGUCGAAGUGCGUUGACUCGUCUUCAGCAGGACCACCCAGACGUAGAGUUGAGCUGCGACUUGAGUAAAAAGUUUGGCAGACUACGGGGUUCCUACUCCAAAGUGCAGCCUGCGUUGGCACAGCUACUGGGCAGAAAUCCCGAAGGGCUGCAUUCUGCGAGACUAACAGGUUCAAGCCAACCCGUCAACAAGCCUCUUUUAAAGGAUCCGAUCAAGAACCAUAAAGAAGGAGGAGACAAACAAGAUUUUAAUCCUCUAGCAUCUGAAGAGGACUUCUCUCUGAUGGUGGAUGCAGACGUCUUCCAGUAUCUCCAGAAACGUUGGGGCCAGGAAUACCAGCGCAUUCAGAGCCAGCACGGCGUCGAGGUUGUGGAUGUGACUAAUGAGGGGCUCACCACAUUGUUUCUGAGCGUAGUAGUAGGCGGCCAGGAGACGCUGGAGCGCAUCAAGCGUGCGAGGAAGGCUAUCCGCUCUCUUUACCGGGAAAGUGAGAAGAACAUCUGCCAAACUCAGCUCAGCAAGACUGACCUGAACCUCAGAGGAGGCUUGAGGCAGGCCAUGGAUACCAUAGGUGUCCGAUUCCCCAAGCUCCUCCUCAGUGACGAUGACUGCAACAUCUACAUAGUCGGCGACCGCGUUGAUGUGUCCGAGGCCAAGCAGUUUCUUCUCCAGGAACACAGUGGAGGGAACAAAGAAGACAUCACCAGUCUUCUAGGAUUUCCAUCUUAUCCCCUGUCAGCCACCGAGGAGCACCUUGAUGCAUCUUCUGGUAUCACUGGACAGCAGAGAGGACACAGAAGCAGCAAAAUGUAUCACUUAGCAGCUUGCCGUAAAGAUUCUGGAUUGACUCCACUUGUAGACUUACCUUCACCAGGGCCCUCGCCUUCUGGCCUGACAUUGGUCCAUGAUGUUAGGACAGAAGUAGCAUCAGAGGACUGCAACACAAGUCCAUCAAUGAGGAGAAAAAACGACUCACCGUCUGAUCCAGAAACUGCACCGAAAAGAACUCAAAGUUUUUCUGGAGUAUUUCAGCAGGGAGGCCAGAAGACUAAAGAGGACUCCUCAGCACUGCAACCCAGGACUUCUAGCUUAAAUACCCAGACAGACUAUCAGGAGCUCUACUGCGCAGAGAUGCUGGUGCCAACCAUCAUGUGGCACCACAUUGUGGAGGCUUACAGCACCCAAGUUAAAGCCCUGACGAUGGACGUCCAAAUCAAGGAUGAAACCCCCAGCAACGGUUUCCAGACCGCCAUCUCUAUCUGUGGAGCAGAGCCGUCCUCCGUGGCCUUGUGCCAGCUGGGUUUGCAGCAACUAGUCGACAGCUUGGCCACAGAUUUCUGUGUACAAGAGCUCCGCCUGUCGGAGCUCGGCAUCACGGACCCUGAAGACGAGACAUUGCAGGCCUGCUGCGCGGAGGUGGCUCAACGCUUCAGCAAGAUUAGCGUCCGCGUGAUGAAGAGGAGCUUGUAUCUACUCGGGUCAAAGCGCUUGUGUGCUCAGGUGGGCGCUUCGCUGCGGGAUCUGUUCUCUGGAGACGGCACACAAACUGAUAAUAAGGGUGCGGCUACUCCCUUGACCUCCGUCUCUUGUCUGACUACCUCCGUAUCUCAGCCCUUGGCACCUGCCUUAGCCUCCACCUCCACCUCUGGUCCCUCAGCUUUUGCUGCUCGUCCUUCCACAUCCACAUCUGCCUUUGCCUCUACCAUUGUCUCUAGUUCCUCUACAUCCACCUCUAGUCCAUUGAUCUCUGCAUCUUGUCCAUCGAUCUCUGCAUCUCGUCCCUCCGCCUCUCGUCCUUCCGCCUCUCAUCCCUCAACAUUCACAUCUCAUCCCUCAACAUCCGCAUCUAGUCCCUCGACAUCCGCCUUAGGUUACACCGCCAUCUCUAGUUUCUCUACUUCAGCCUCAAAUCCUGUUACGAAUGCCUGUAGGCAAAAAAAAAAGGGCAAUGAGAUCCAGACACAAUCUGUGACUUCAAUCAAAGCUAGGAUCUCAAACCACGAGGACCAUUCUGUGACAGAGCUCCUUAACGGAUCUGUGGAUCAAACUGCAACCAGGACCGACCAGGUCACGAAAGACGAAUGGGAAAGUCCAAGUGUUGUGGAUCGGCAUAUGCAGGAGACGUGCACAAAAGGACGCGUGAAUGGCACCCAGAGUGAACGCCUCCAGGAACCCGAGCCCACUAGUCAGGCGCCGGUGGAGGGCAUCUGCAUGUGCGGAGAGAGCGGCGCCUCGACGAGCAGGACAGAGUGUGGCGCAGUCAUGUGCUCAGAGUGCCUGGAUGCCGUGCACAUUCAUUGCAGGGUUUGCCAUAGUGGAGCGAAGAUGGUGCCGGCGGGCAUCCGAGGAAAGAUGACCUACAGUGAACUCAACUUAAGCCUGCCUGGUCACAGCAAGCACACCACCAUCAAGAUCACUUACCUCAUUCCUGAUGGCGUUCAGCAGGAAUCCCACCCCUCCCCCGGAAAACCCUUCAAAGGUGGCAUGUUUGAGGCCUUCCUCCCCGACUGCGAGAGGAGCAGGAAGCUGCUGCCCAGGCUGGAGGACGCCUUCAGGCGGGGCCUCACCUUCACCGUGACCAGCAAAAAGAAGGGCUCGAAAGUCGCCUGGGACGCCAUCCCACACAAGACCAACCUGCAGGGCGGCCGGUCAGGGAACGGUUACCCGGAUUCUUCGUACUUGAAACACUUGUCCGACGUCUUGACCUCGUUGGGGAUUGGAGAGCGCGCUGCCAAAUCCUGACACGUCUUUGAGUCCAGCAAGAAACAUUGGCAAGUAUUCUUUGCACUGUUUGAUCAGCCAGAGUAUAAGUUGGCCAAUACUUAGUAUGACAGCAUACUUUUAAAAUAUCUUAUGUGUAUACCAUGCGGUUGAGUUCAUCCAAUAUACAUUUUUUAAAGGGGGCGGGAUUGUUUUUCUUCAAGCCUUUUGGGUCAAUACAACCCACAGCAGCACUUGUUUUUUUACUUCCGUUGUAAACGUCAGCUUUACAGAUGCCUCGUGCGCUCGGCGUUGUGGUAAAGUCCUCACAGUAACAGGUAAUUAAUUAGUAGUGAUGGGUAAAUGAGGCCUUAGCACACUGACUGGCUGUAUUGACCCUUAUGCUGUGUUUGAGCACGGCGACGUCUGCUGGAUUAAAACGUAACUACAGUAAAUUUGACCUACCGUAUUUCCUUGAAUGCCGCCGGGGCGCUAAUUAAUUUAAAACCUCUUCUCACUCCUGCGCUUACCAAAGGCAUGCUGUAAAAGUAAGCAUGCGCUAAUUAUUUUAAAACCUCUUCCCACUCCUGCGCUCACCAAAGGCAUGCUGUAAAAGUAAGCAUGGGCUAAUUAUUUUUAAACCUCUUCUCACUCCUGCGCUUACCAAAGGCGUGCUGUAAAAGUAAGCAUGCGCUAAUUAUUUUAAAACCUCUUCCCACUCCGGCACUUACCAAAGGCAUGCAGUAAAAAAUUGAGUGUGAUGUAAGCUUGGACCUUAAUUCCUACUGAAUAGCUGUUAAUCUUCUUCCCUUUAUGCGAUUUCAAAUUAUCGGUAUUGAAAUCAGCCUCCUCCAUUUUGAAAAUGAUGACGUCACGAGUUUGAACAGGCGGUAAUACUAAGCUUGCGCUAAUUAUUUUGCGAAGCGAGUUUGACCCGGCAGUAAGUCAAGGCUAUAUACCCUGCGGCAAUUCAAGGAAAUACGGUAUAUAAUGUAGUUUUUCUAAGUAAUAGCUGUGCAGAAAGGAUUAUGAAAUGUGCAUCUCCGGUCAAUGGGCCAAGUAGUAAACAGGAAAAUAACUUUUACCUUAUUGGAGCUAUAAUAUCAAAAUUAUGCCACACUUCAGAAAGUUUCCAUUUAGGUCACUGGUGGCAGCUUGACUCUUCAAACGUGUUUUUUUAAAGUUACACAAACUCAGCAUCACUCCUUCAGUAUUGUUUAACCCAUCACUAUUGAUUACAUUCCAACCAGAAGAACCACGGCGUCGCUUCACAAAUGGCAGCACACGACAUUUAUUAGAGGAGGAAAUAUGGUUCCUUCAUUGUUUAACCUCAGGGAAAUCUAACAGUGUAUGUAAGGGUGUCCCGAUCCGAUACGGGUCCGAGACAGUGUAUGUAAAGGUGUCCCGAUCCGAUACAGGUCCGAGAGCAGCAGAAUAUAUUGGAAGUUAACAUCUAAAUGUCCUCCAAUAAGCACACAUGGUUGGCUUUUGCUUUCAUUUUAGUCGAGUCAUUCACAAAAUGUAAACAUGCUGGGCUGUAGGCUAAUAGGCGCUAGCAGCUACGCCACCGCUGAGCACACAAUAGCACACAUGCUAGACAUACGUAGUAAGUAUCUAAUUGAACAGUAUUGAAGUCUAAGACAGCACAUUUGUUUACAUAAACAUGUAUCCAAAAAUGAUAUUGCACAUAAAAAUUCUCAAUGGCAAAAGCGUAUUAGAAAUUAUCUGGUAACAAACGUGUCCGCAUCAUUCAACUUACAGCAUCGUGAAAUGACUUAUUGUGGCCAAAAAAAAACCCUAAUUACCAUUCCAAUUGAAGUUAAAGGCCUACUGAAAUGAGAUUUUCUUAUUUAAAAUGGGAUAGCAGGUCCAUUCUAUUGAUCAUUUCGCGAUAUUGCCAUAUUUUUGCUGAAAGGAUUUAGUAGAGAACACCAACGAUAAAGUUCGCAACUUUUGGUCGCUAUUAAAAAUGCAUUGCCUGUACCGGAAGUAGCAGACGAUGUGCGCGUGAUGUCACGGGUCGUAGGGCUCCUCAAAAUCCUCACAUUGUUUAUAAUCAUAGCCACCAGCAGCAAGAGCGAUUCGGACCGAGAAAGCGACGAAUUCCCCAUUAAUUUGAGCGAGGAUGAAAGAAUUAUGGAUGAGGAAAGUUAGAGUGAAGCACUAGGAAAAAAAAAAAAAGGCAACGGCAGUGGGAGCGAUUCAGAUGUUAUUAGACACAUUUACUUGGAUAAUUCUGGAAAAUCCCUUAUCUGCUUAUUGUGUUAAUAGUGUUUUAGUGAGAUUAUAAAGUCAUACCUGAAAGUCGGAGGGCUGCAGUGACCGCCAGUGUCUCUGAGAGAAGCCAAUAGAGGAGCCAAGAUCACAGCUGCCUUUUUGACAGCUGCUGCAGGAGGACGCUAACUCCGCACAACUCCGGCUUAAUAUCACAAUUUUCUCAUCCAAAAACUUGCUGGUUGACAUGUGGUAGAACAUGUUCGCUAAAGCUUCACAACAAACAAAGAAACACCGUCUCAGUUUCGGUUGUUAAAGGCAGCUGCAAUCCACCGCUUUCCACCAACACCAUUCUUCUUUAUAGUCUCCAUUAUUAAUUGAACAAAUUGCAAAAGAUUCAGCAACACACAUGUCCAAACUAAUGUGUAAUUAUGCGAUGAAAGGAGACGACUUUUAGCCGGAAGUGGUGCUGGGCUAAAAUGUCCGCUACAACAAACACGCGUCAUCAUUCCGCGACGUUUUCAACAAGAAACUCCGCGGGAAAUUUAAAAUUGUAAUUUAGUAAACUAAAAAGGCCGUAUUGGCAUGUGUUGCAAUGUUAAUAUUUCAUCAUUGAUAUAUAAACUAUCAGACUGCGUGGUCGGUAGUAGUGGGUUUCAGUAGGCCUUUAAAGACAUUUUAAAGACAGCUUACGCCUGUCAUUAGGUCGAUAAUAAAUAGGUUAGUGUUUUUGAAGUGUAUUAGAAAGUAUUCAGUAACAAAUGUGUCCGCAUCAUUCAACUUACAGCAUCAUGAAAUGACUUAUUGUGGCCAAAAAAAAAAUAAUUACCAUUCCACUUCAUUUUAAAGACAGCUCACGCCUGUCAUUAGGUCGAUAAUAAAUAGGUUAGGUUUUUUUAAGCGUAUUAGAAAGUAUCCAGUAACAAACGUUCCCACAUCAUUCAACUUACAGCAUCAUGAAAUGACUUAUUGUGGCCAAAAAAACCCCUAAUUACCAUUCCGCUUCAACUUAAAGACAUCUUAUGUCUGUCAUUACGUCGAUAAUAAAUAGGUUAGUGUUUUUUAAGCGUAUUAGAAAGUAUCCAGUAACAAACGUUCCCACAUCAUUCAACUUACAGCAUCAUGAAAUGACUUAUUGUGGCCAAAAAAAACCCUAAUUACCAUUCCGCUUCAACUUAAAGACAGCUUACGCCUGUCAUUAGGUCGAUAAUAAAUAGGUUAGUGUUUUUGAAGCGUAUUAGAAAGUAUCCAGUAACAAACGUGUCCGCAUCAUUCAACUUACAGCAUCAUGAAAUAACUUAUUGUGGCCCAAAAAACCUAGUUACCAUUCCACUUCAUUUUAAAGACAGCUAACGCCUGUCAUUAGGUCGAUAAUAAAUAGGUUAGUGUUUUUGAAACGUAACUUACAGCAUCAUGGAAUGACUUAUUGUGGCCAAAAAAAACUAAUUACCAUUCCAUUUUAACUUAGAGUCAGCUUACGCCUGUCAUUACGUCGAUAAUAAAUAGGUUAGUGUUUUUGAAGCGUAUUAGAAAGUAUCCAGUAACAAACGUGUCCGCAUCAUUCAACUUACACCCUCAUGAAAUGACUUAUUGUGGCCAAAAAAAAACAAAUUACCAUUUCAUUUCAACUUAAAGACAGCUUACGCCUGUCAUUAGGUCGAUAAUAAAUAGGUUAGUUUUUUCGAAUCGUAUUAGAAAGUAUCCCGUAACAAACGUUCCCACAUCAUUCAACUUACGGCAUCAUGAAAUGACUUAAAAAAAAAAAAAUACCAUUCCAUUUCAACAUAAAGACAGCUUACGCCUGUCAUUAGGUCGAUAAUUAGGUUAGUGUUUUUGAAGCGUAUUAGAAAGUAUCCAGUAACAAACGUGUCUGCAUCAUGAAAUGACUUAUUGUGGCCCAAAAAAAAAACUAAUUACCAUUCCACUUUAUUUUAAAGACAGCUUACGCCUGUCAUUAGGUCGAUAAUAAAUAGGUUAGUGUUUUUCAUGCCUACUAUUUUUCUUUGAGUAAUUUCACUACCACUUCACAAUACAAACCGAUAUUGAUCGGAUCGGAUCAAUAUCAGUAUCGGCCAAUACCCAAGGCACCAAUAUCGGCAUCGGACGUAAAAAGUUGUAUCGGGACACCCGUAAUUGCCUUUUUUAUUGGAUUGUCACCACUGUUGCCUUGUUGUACACAUAAGCAGAUGUGUAUAUUAAAAAAAAAAAAUACUAAAAACUACUUUUGUUAUGCAUUUUUUUUAUUAGUCCUGGAAAACAUGUAAGGCAUAUGGUAACAUUACACACUGAAGCGUUACAAGCUGUCGAGGCCACACCAGGCCCACCCAGAGUGGAGCACAAAAAGAAGCAGCAUCAAUUUGAAGGGUUUAAAAAAAACAAAAGUAAUUUUUUUGUUUGUUUUUUUGGGGAGCAAACAAAAGCUACACAACACACACCACGUCAAAUGGAAAUAAAAAACAGUUGCUCGGGUAAGAGAGGCGGAGCAUUCCCAGAGUUUCAUGGCUGCCCAUGCUGGAGGCGGGGCCAACGGGGGGGAAAGAGGCGGGGUCACGCCAGGCAGUGGAUCGGCUUGGGUCGACUGAGCUUCUUCCUCGCAUCACAACACUAAACUACGCCGUAAUGGCGGACGUAACUGAGCGCCAUCAGUCGGCGUCUUCUUCCUCGACGGCUCCCAAGCGGAAAAAAGCAAAGUUGGCGGCUGCGAGCGUGAAAACGAACGUGGGAAAUUCUUGGAACGCCUUUGUUGGGACGGGGCCUGACGGGACACCGACAUGGUGUCAAUUUAGCGGGAAAGCGGUCGGACGGCCCUGAGUACGCAUGUUGGCAGAAAAGUAAAGACGAGGAAUGCAGAUUUGAUUGAAAUGACUCGCACGUUUCAAUUUGGCCCAGAACCGCGCUCGGAAAUGUUCUUUUCUGUAGCAAAGAUUGUUAAUGUUAACAGGAUGCUCUCAGAAUAGAAGAAGUCUAAAUCAACCACAGGCUUUGUUGUUUAAAACACGCUCAUUCAUUUAUACUUAUUCAAAUACACAUUUGUUAUUAUCACAAAUAUUUGACCACCACAGUGUUCGUUCGCUAGCGAUAUAAUCACAGUAUAAUCUAAGCGUUACGCCACCAAAACAGAAUCAAGCCUCAUUACUGAAAUGAGAUUUUCUUAUUUAAACAGGAAUAGCAGGUCCAUUCUAUGUGUCAUACUUGAUCAUUUCGCGAUAUUGCCAUAUUUUUGCUGAAAGGAUUUAGUAGAGAAAAUCGACGAUAAAGUUCUCCACUUUUGGUACUUCCUGAAAAAGCCUCGCCUUUACCGGAAGUCGCAGACGAUGACGUCGCAAGUGUGGGGGCUCCUCACAUAUUCACAUUGAUUUUAAUGGGAGCCUCCAACAAAAACAGUGAUUCGGACCGAGAAAGCGACAAUUUCCCCAUUAAUUUGAGCGAGAAUGAAAGAUCGUGUUUGAGGAUAUUGAUAGCGACGGACUAGAAAAAAACAAAGUUUAAAAAAAAAACGCGAUACCAUUGAGACGUAUUACGAUGUUUUUGAACACAUUUAGUAGGAUAAUUCUGGGAAAUCCCUUAUCUUUCUAUUGUGUUACUAGUGUUUUAGUGAGUUUAAUAGUACCUGAUAGUCGGAGGUGUACGUCCACGGCUGUCGACGGCAGCUGUACGGACGACACAAGCUCAGCUGAUAUCUGGUAAGAAGCGACUUUUCAACCACAAUUUUCUCACCGAAACCUGCUGGUUGACAUCCGGUCGGGAUCCAUGUCUGCUUGACCGCGCUCUGAUCCAUAGUAAAGUUUCAGCUCUGGGAAUUUUAAACAAGGAAUCACCGAGUGUUUGUGUGGCUAAAGGCUAAAGCUUCCCAAUUCCAUCUUUCUACUGUGACUUCUCCAAUAUUAAUUGAACAAAUUACAAAAGAUUCAGCAACACAGAUCUCCAAAAUACUGUGUAAUUAUGCGGUUAAAGCAGACGACUUUUAGCUGUGUGUGUGUGCAGCGCUCAUACUUGCUAAAAACGCGUGACGUCUUGCGUACACGUCAUCAUUACACGACGUUUCCAAGACGAAACUCCCGGGAAAUUUAAAAUUGCAAUUUAGUAAACUAAAAAGGCCGUAUUGGCAUGUGUUGCAAUGUUAAUAUUUCAUCAUUGAUAUAUAAACUAUCAGACUGCGUGGUGGGUAGUAGUGGGUUUCAGUAGGCCUUUGAACUGGAUCGACCGUCAAACUUGGGGAAAUUUCUUGGUUGCAUCACCUUGAUGUCAACAUCAGCAUCACGUCACCUUGAUAAACACAACCCAUUUAGUUUUUAUGGUCCUACGAAGCCUUAACUGUUUAAUUUUUUUUAUUUGAUUCCAUUUAGUAGAACCAUGAAUUGAUUAACGUUGACCCCGACUUAAACAAGUUGAAAAACUUAUUGGGGUGUUACCAUUUAGUGGUCAAUUGUACGGAAUAUGUACUGAACUGUGCAAUUUACUAAUAGAAGUAUCAAUCAAUCAAUCAAAGUGUUAAAAGCAACUAUGUAAUACUAUUUUACUAAGAAACUACUUGCUAAGUUGCUAACUAACCUAAUUUUGCAGCUAGUGAAUAGUGGGAAAUGUUAGCACUGGCGUGAAGUCGUGUUGUAGUCGAGGCAGUUUUCAACAAUUACGCAUGUUUCCGAAACGUAUUCAAGUAGAUGCAGGAUUUCUAUAAAAACACGAAAAAUGGCGACCGUGUUUUCUUCUUUUGGCUUUUGUAAUACGUUACUCCGUCCUACUGGAUUGGAACUACUUGAUGCUAUGUUCCAAAAAGCUACUUCUAACUUUGUUAUGAGCUAACCGAUUUUCGCAAAACUUCGAAUAUUGUGAUUAGUGGAAGAUGUUAGAUCUGCCGUGAAGUAUUUGAGGCAGCUAUCAAAGAUUUAAAAAAUUACCCAUUUUUCCGAAACGUAUUAAAGUUACUAUUGUGUUACACUCCAAAACAGAAUCAGCCCUCGUUAAACAGGAUCGUCCGUCAAACUCGGGGAGAUUUCUUGGUUC